CCACCGCCCAGACACGACUCCCUAUUCCACCGACGCGGGACGCAAUCAUGCCGGAUGGUCAGAUAUUCAAGGCAACAUACAGCGGUAUACCGGUGUAUGAGAUGAUGUACAAGAGCGUAGCCGUUAUGCGCCGGCGCUCUGACUCAUGGCUCAACGCCACACAGAUCCUCAAAGUCGCCGGUUUUGACAAACCUCAGCGCACCAGAGUAUUAGAACGGGAAGUUCAGAAAGGCGAACACGAGAAGGUGCAAGGAGGGUACGGGAAAUAUCAAGGCACAUGGAUUCCUCUCGAACGAGGUCUAGCUUUGGCUAAGCAGUAUGGAUGCGAAACCGCUUUGCGACCUAUCAUCGAAUUCCAACCUACGGGGAAAAGCCCUCCCUUGGCGCCGAAACAUCUUGUGUCUACCAGUACUGCUGUACGCCCUGUUCGUCGCGGAGCUGCUGUCCCCGAGCCUGUGCCUGUGCCUAGCACGCGUUCCCGCCGUCACAUCAUUGACACUGUAGAGGAUGAUUCCGACUUGGAGCGCCUAUACUCUGCUCAGGGAUCGGAGGACGGCUCCAUGAGCCCAUCGCCAUCCCAAAACUCUUCUAGUUCCCGCACGCCGUCCCCAUUCGGUGACCAAUUCGGUCGCAAUGAUAUGAGCCUAAAUGGUCCGGGCCGUCGUAAUGCAAUGUCAAGGCACUUAGAUGAGCACUAUGACGAAGAUAUAUCUGAGGAGACCCUUCACCGGGCGAGCAACGCCAAUGAUCUACGUGCUUAUUGCGACGAAAUCCUUGAAUACUUCAUCUCGGACACUAAUCAGGUCCCUCAAAUCCUCAUAACACCUCCAACAGACUUUGAUCCCAACAUGGCCAUAGACGACGAUGGCCACACCGCUUUACACUGGGCCUCUGCCAUGGGCCGUCUCCGCAUCGUAAAGCUACUGCUUACUGCAGGCGCCGACAUCUUCAAGGUGAACAAGGCAGGCCAAACAGCGCUCAUGCGGAGCGUAAUGUUCGCAAACAACUACGAUAUACGAAAGUUUCCAGAGUUGUUUGAGCUUCUCCUCCGCUCGACGCUGAACAUCGACAACUUCAAUCGCACCGUAUUUCAUCACAUCGUCGAUGUUGCAAUGUCAAAGGGAAAGACUCAUGCGGCACGCUAUUACAUGGAAACAGUACUUACGCGCCUCGCGGACUACCCGAAGGAACUUGCCGAUGUCAUCAACUUUCAAGAUGAGGAUGGAGAGACUGCGCUCACGAUGGCCGCUCGCUGUCGAAGUAAACGCCUUGUUAAGCUUCUCAUUGACCAUGGCGCGGACCCCAAGAUUGUAAACUUUGACGGCAAGAGCACUGAGGACUAUAUUCUCGAAGACGAACGGUUCAGGUCCUCACCUGGUCCCACAUCUCGGCUGGCUGCCAUGUCAUUCCGGAAUGCACAGGCAUCUAUUCCACCCACCGUCUCUGUCCCACCCGUCGCUGUCAACGGCGACCGACCGCCUUUACACCACUCUGUUGCUGGCCAGAAAGCAAGUACCCGGUGUGUUAAUGAGAUAACCACUAUGCUGGAUAGCCUUGCAACUUCGUUCGAUCGGGAACUUCAGGACAAAGAACGUGAUAUGAACCAGGCUCACGCGCUCCUGCAAAACAUCCAACAAGAAAUUCUAGAGAGCCAUCGAGCAGUUAACCAGCUUAAAGCCAAGGCAGACGGUCUGCAGCAAGCAAAGACAUCCUUGACAGAUUUGGAGAAUCAGCUAUUGGACAAGAUGGGUCGCAGAUAUCGAUUUGGUUGGGAGAAAUGGGUCAAGGACGAGGAGAACCGGGAGAAGGGCGUCCGUGACGCGGCCAAUGGAGAGCUGGCCGUCACUCCUGCAACAAAACCUUACCGGACAGAUGACGAUUUGGACGGAGAGGCCUCCAUGGAGUUGUCAAGAGACAAGGCGAAAGGUAAACGGAAAGCCCUCCCCCAAGAGGAGGACAUUUCCGAUCUUCUGAGGUUGUACUCGGAUGUUCCCGCAAACUCUGAUGCGAUGCGCCAUACUUGUAACUCUCUUCGGGAUGAAAUAACGCAGAGUAGGAAACGAAGAAAGUCUGCCUUCGAGGAGCUGGUAACUUUCCAGGCCGAAGCGGGGACAGGGGGGCGGAUGGCUGAGUACAGAAGACUCAUUGGUGCAGGUUGUGGUGGAGUUCCUCCUUCAGAAGUUGAGAAUAUUAUAGGGAUGUUGUUGGAGACUUUGGAAUCCGAGGAGCCAAGUUCUUCGUCAGGUGCGUGGAGUGGGUCCAAGGUUGCACCAAUUUCAGUAGUGUAGUGUAAUACUAGCUGUACGGACUUGUCGGGCACAAAUUUUCACGGUGACACCAUUUAUUA